AUGAAGGCCCUGGAGGUUCCGGAGGUCCAGAAGGUCAAAAACAAAUCACGACCACGCAGACAAGCACCACCAACAGAAGGCCUCGGAGGUCCUGGGGGUCCCGAAGGUCCCGGGGGUCCCGGAGGUCAAGAAAAGGAAGGCCCCGGAGGACAAGAAAAUGAAGGCCCUGGGGGUCCCGGAGGUUCCCAGGGUCCCGAGGGUCCCAAAGGUCCCGAAGGUCAAGAAAAGGAAGGCCCCGGAGGUCCAGAAAAUCCAGGAAGAGAAGGCCCGGGAGGUCCCGAAGGUCCCGAAGGUCAAGAAAAGGAAGGCCCCGGAGGUCCAGAAAAUCCAGGAAGAGAAGGCACGGGAGGUCCCGAAGGUCCCGAACGUCGCGAAGGCCAAGAAGGCAGCAGAGGACAAGACAGAGAAGGCCCGGUAGGCCCCAGAGGCCCCAGAGGCCCCAGAGGUCCCGGAGGUCCCAGUGGUCCCAGAGAAGGCCCGGGAGGUCCCGAAGGUCCCGAACGUCGCGAAGGCCAAGAAGGCAGCAGAGGACGAGAAAGAGAAGGCCCGGUAGGUCCCAGAGGCCCCAGAGGCCCCAGAGGCCCCAGAGGUCCCGGAAGUCCCAGUGGUCCCAGAGAAAGUCAGGGAAGAAAAGGCCCCGGAUGUCCCAAAGGUCCAGAAACAGAAGGCCCAGAAGGACAAGAAAGAGAAGGUCUCGGAGGUCCCGGAGGUCAAGAUCAAUCACCACCACGCAGACAAACACCACCAACAGAAGGCCCUGGAGGUCCCGAGGGUCCCAGAGGUCCCGGAGGUCAAGAAAAUGAAGGCCCUGGAGGUCCCGGAGGUCCAGAAGGUCAAGAACAGCCACGACCACGCAGACAAGCACCACCAACAGAAGGCCCCGGAGGUCCCAGUGGUCCCAGAGAAAGUCCAGAAACAGAAGGCCCGGAAGGACAAGAAAGAGAAGGUCUCGGAGGUCCCGGAGGUCAAGAACAAUCACCACCUCGCAGACAAACACCACCAACAGAAGGCCCUGGAGGUCCCGAGGGUCCCAGAGGUCCCGGAGGUCAAGAAAAUGAAGGCCCUGGAGGUCCCGGAGGUCCAGAAGGUCAAGAACAGUCACGAUCACGCAGACAAGCACCAUCAACAGAAGGCCCCGGAGGUCCCGGGGGUCCCGGAGGUCAAGAAAAGGAAGGCCCCGGAGGACAAGAAAAGGAAGGCCCUGGAGGUCUCGGAGGUUUCGAGGGUCCCGAGGGUCCCAAAGGUUCCGAAGGUCAAGAAAAGGAAGGCCCCGGAGGUCCAGACAAUCCAAGAAGAGAAGGCCCGGGAGGUCCCGAAGGUCCCGAAGGUCCCGAACGUCCCGAAGGUCAAGAAGGCAGCAGAGGACGAGAAAGAGAAGGCCCGGGAGGCCCCAGAGGUCCCAGCGGCCCCAGAGGCCCCAGAGGCCCCAGAGGUCCCGGAGGUCCCAGUGGUCCCAGAGGUCCCAGAGGUCCCGAAGGUUCCGAAGGUCAAGAAAAAGAAGGCACCGGAGAACAAAAGGGUGAAGCAUCCACAGGUCCCGAAGAUAGGCCACCACCUCCUCAAUAA